AUGCUUAGAACUGCUAGAUCAUUACCUACUCUAAGAGUGCUAGAAUCAACCAUAUCGAAGGAUAUUCAACAGCAAACUAAAAACUUCUCCACUAUAUCGUCAAAAUAUAACUUGGUUGUUCCAAAUAUCCCUGAUCAUCAAUUAAGAACAAAAUAUCAAACAUUGAAUAGAUCUGUUCAUCAAAGUUCCAAAAAUAAUGCUACAACUUUAUUUUCAAAUAAGAAUUCAGAAUUCUCUGUUAUGAGUUUAAACAGUUUGAAAAAUGAAUGUCGUAAACGUGGUUUAAAAAUUUCUGGAAAGAAAGCUGAAUUAGUUUCAAGAAUAACAACUCAUGAAAAAACAUUUGCCACUCAACAAGUUGGUUCAAUUUCCACAAAAGCUUCUUCUAAAAUCCCACCAAAAGAAGCAACAAAGAAAUCAUUAGUUAAUAAACUUUCCAAAACUUUUUCCACAACAACAACUAAAAAUGCAAAAGGUGAUGAUUCCACAAUUGAUUUCAUCAAACCUGUUGAUAUUUCCCAACCAAAAUUAGUUGAAGAUGAUUAUAUCGUCCAAAUUCCUUCAUUAUCUUCAGAAGCUUCAGCUACUCCAGUGACAAAAUUAGAAAAACAAUUGAAUCAAUCAUCAACAAGUGACCCAAAUGCUAAAAUUGUUUCAAAAGCUGAAGGUUCAGAUUCAAAAAUCUUUGAACAAAGUUCAAUUAAUAAAAUUGAAGAACAAAAUGAAGAAGCUUUGAAAACUGAUGCUUCUAAAAUAGUUCAAGAACCAGCUUUUGUUGAUGAACCUUAUAAAUAUGAAGAAGGUGAAGUUUCAAGUAAGGAUAAAAGUUUCUUUGCUGGUGCCUUGGCUGUUGUUGCUGGUUGGUGGGUUUUAAAGCCAAAAUCUGAAAAGAAACAUUGA